GAGUCCGGAGAAACCUGCUUCUCUUUCUCGGAUCUCUGGCGAUCUUCUACGGUUUUUGCACACGCGAUAUUGUCCGGGCUUAUCUCGCUGCAUACCUGCCCGCACCCUGAGCCCACUCAUCGGCCCGGAAAGGAAGCCGAUCUUAUGAGUUUAGCUUUACUCUCCCUAGUGUUGUAGGGGUUAAAAGGACUGCGCGGCUUUUACUUCACCAGAUAUCCGAAAAAUUGCAGGAAGUUUCUAAGGAGUGUAAGCUGGCAAAUGUGCAAAAAGACCCCCGCCAACCAACGUUCUUGUAUUACAGAAUACAAGGCGAAGACGGGAACACCAUGAGCAACCUCAUCAUGAUCGUACCUCCUCUCUACGGCGCCCUGCAAACCCUGAAGGACGGCUUGGAGUCUCGCUACGUCUUCGCCUUCCUGGGCCUCGCGGCUGUAGGCAUCGGAUCCUGGUGCUUUCACAUGACCCUGCAGUAUGAGAUGCAGUUACUCGACGAGCUGCCGAUGAUCUACAGCUGUUGCAUCUUUGUCUACUGCCUAUACGAAUGUUUCAAGCAGGAGAACUCUAUAAAUUACAUUCCAAUCGUAGUUUUGGCAGGAUUCAGCAUUGCUGUUACUGUGGUGUACUUGCAGUGGAAAGAGCCGGUGUUUCAUCAGGUCAUGUAUGGAAUACUGGUGGGCUGUUUGGUCCUGCGGUCUGUCUACAUAGUCACAUGGGUGUACCCGUGGCAUAGAUCCCUGUGUUACGCCUCACUGGCCGUCUUCUUCCUGGGCUUCGUCUUCUGGAACGUGGACAACCUGCUGUGCAACACACUGAGGGCGAGCCGCCAGAACCUGCCCCCAUUGAUCGGGGCAGUUACCCAGUUCCAUGCCUGGUGGCACAUCCUGACAGGCCUGGGCUCACACCUGCACGUCCUCCUGAGCCUCCAGACGAGGGCCACAUACCUCAGACGAAGACCCAAAGUGAAGUUCCUGUGCAGUGUGUGGCCCAUGGUGCACACCGAGCACAGGUGGAGGAGCUGAGCUGUCGAGCCGGGACCUGCCAGCGCUAACCAGCCGCCGCUCGUAGCGACGCCGACAGACAGCUGGACGCCAUGAAGGCGACGCCAGUCUGCACGGUCCCUGGGGCCUUGGCGGCACAGAGGAGCUCAGUUAGGCUGGAGCCGAGCGGGGUCUCCUCUUUCGAGGUUCAUUAACAUUAGAUCUGGUUUAUUUUCCCCCCGUGGUCUUGCUGUGAACAGUGACGCUGACGCCAAUGCGCAAAAGCAUACAACCACACGGGAGAUUUUGUAAGCUAUUAUCCGUUCGAUUGAAUAACAGAAGGAAACUAUGUUUACGGAUUUUGUAUUUUGCUUUCAUUGUUGCUUAGUAGUGGAUUUUAGUCUUCCGAUGCAGAUGUCUGGACUGAUUUUUAUUUGACGCCUGCUUGUAUUUACCGAAGAAAUUUUCUGGGCCGACCUCA